UUUUUAAAAUAAUAUAAAUAAAUAUAAAAUUUUUACUAUUAUUAAAAAUUUGUUUUUUUUCUAUUAUUAAAACAUUCAGUAAAAUUUAUUUAUUUAUUAUGAUAUUUUUUUAACAUUACUAUUUUUUUCACUAGUAAUUAAUUUUUAUAGUUCAUGCACAAAAUAGACAUAGUAGCGCAAAAGUCAUUUUUGGUUAUUCGUGCAGAAAAGAUGGUGGUGACGGCAGCUUCUGUACGUCAACAGCUCGCAAAUUUAGCAUAUUGCGGAGGUUCUCAUAAAGAUCAAGCAGAAAAGUAUCGAGCAAUAUUGGAUUCAAUACUAUUGUCAUCCAGCGAAGAAGCGAUGGAUGCUUUGAAGAUAUUCAUUGAAGCAAUUGUAAAUGAAUAUGUAAGUUUGGUCAUUUCAAGACAAGUUUUAACAGAUGUUAGUAAUCGAUUAUUACUUUUACCUGAUGAAGUGUCAAUGGCUAUUUCACAUUAUACAUUAGAUAAGAUUCAACCAAGAGUUAUUUCAUUUGAGGAACAAGUCGCUAGUAUAAGACAACAUUUAGCAAAAAUUUAUGAACGUAAUCAAAAUUGGAGAGAAGCAGCUAAUGUUUUAGUUGGAAUACCAUUAGAAACAGGACAAAAGCAAUAUACAGUUGAUUACAAACUUGAAACUUAUCUUAAAAUUGCAAGAUUGUAUUUAGAAGAUGAUGAUCCAGUCCAAGCUGAAGCAUUUAUUAAUAGGGCAUCUCUUUUACAAGCUGAAUCAAAAAAUGAACAGUUACAAAUUUACUAUAAAGUUUGUUAUGCAAGAGUAUUAGAUUAUAGAAGAAAAUUUAUAGAAGCUGCUCAAAGAUAUAAUGAAUUAUCAUAUCGAUCUAUUAUACAUGAAGAUGAACGUAUGACUGCACUUAGAAAUGCAUUAAUUUGUACAGUAUUAGCUUCCGCAGGUCAACAAAGAAGUCGAAUGUUAGCUACAUUAUUUAAAGAUGAGCGCUGUCAGCAACUUCCUGCUUAUUCAAUUCUUGAAAAAAUGUAUCUAGAUCGUAUUAUUCGACGUUCCGAAUUACAAGAAUUUGAAGCCUUAUUACAACCACAUCAGAAAGCAAGUACAAUCGAUGGAUUAGGGUCAACUAUUCUUGAUCGUGCCGUUAUAGAACAUAACUUAUUAUCUGCUAGUAAAUUGUAUAAUAAUAUAACUUUUGAAGAAUUGGGUGCUUUGUUGGAAAUUCCACCGACAAAAGCAGAAAAAAUUGCUAGCCAAAUGAUCACAGAAGGUCGAAUGAAUGGUUAUAUUGAUCAAAUCGAUUCUAUUGUACAUUUUGAAACACGCGAAACUUUACCAACGUGGGAUAAACAAAUACAAUCUCUUUGCUAUCAAGUAAAUCAAAUAAUAGAAAAAAUUGCUCAAACUGAACCUGAAUGGAUAGCAAAAGCCAUGGAAGAUCAGAUGGUACAUUAAUAUAAAUUUUUUUUUAAUAUUAACAAUAUACAUACAAGAUCGAAACAGAAAUAUCAGAUAAAUAUUUGAUACAUACACAGUUAAAAAUAUAUUUGAAGGCAAUAAAGAUUGUUAUUAUAAUUCUAUAGUGAUGCUUAUGCAUUACAAAUGAAUCAUUAAUUUUAUUAUGUUAAUAUGCAUGAAAUCAAUUUUUAUAUGAUCAAUAAAUAAAUUUUAAUUUUUCAUAAUAUAAACAAAAAAAUUAGAUUUCAUCAUUAUAGUUACUUUAUUAUUUAUAAAACUCAAAAAUAAAAUAAAUAUAAAAUAUAGAAAAAAAUUUUUAUUGAUAAAAAACACACUUAAAGUCAUUUGUUCAACAUUCACCUACAAUUGUUAUAAACUUCACGCAAAGCAUAUUCCAAUUAAAGGAAUAUUGUAAUUAUCUCAUGUAAAUAAAGCAUUCACACUGCAUAUAAAAUAAAA